AUGCCCGUGUGGUCUCGCCUUUCGAGGGCCGUGUACAAGCACCGGCUGCGCAGGACCACCGGCUCCUUCUCCCUGGGCUCGGGGACCUGGGACCAUGAGUCAGGGAGCCUGGUAGGGCCGGCCGGCGAGAGCCCGGCCCUGCACCUGGACCACAGCGGGAAGGACUUUGCCCGGGGCGCGGAGGAAUUCGAGGUGACAGUCUCUCAGGACGUGGGCCCGGUGCUGCUGCUGCUGCGCGUGUACAGGGCGCCCCCGGCGCUGCCCAGCCCGCUCGGGCCCCUGGCCUCGAACGCCUGGUUCCGCCGCUGGUUCCAGCUCACGCCGCUGGGUGCCGCCCUCCGCUUUCCCUGCUACCAGUGGCUGGAGGGGAGAGGGAGCCUGGUGCGGCGGGAGGGGACAGCAGAAAUCAUCUGGCAGGACCGCCACCCUCUGUUCUCUGCCCAGCUCCAGGUGCAGAUUAAGGAGAGGCAGCAGAAAUACCAGGGAGCAGCUCUGGGGGACUUGGGGACACUGGCUGCCUGCAUUGUCAGGAUCCCACAGCCCAGAAACCCUGGCAACGAGCUAGUUGUCAUGGUUACUGAGGAGCUCUCCCCAGAGCUGCCGCCCCUCCCCUCUCUAGACUACUGGGAUGAGAUGUGCACCAUCGCAGGAAAGCCUCCGCCCCACGACAUUCAUGGAAGGCCCCAGUUCGUGACGGCCCCACUAUUGCACCAGCGCCCCAGUGGUGGGCCCCUGCUGCCCCUUGCCAUCCAGCUGCUCAUUCCUCAUUUCCACUACACCUUCCACAUCAACAUCCAGGCCGGCACUAGGAUUUUAGCACCAGGAAAGCUCGUCAACCAGUCGACAUCCUUGGGACAGCGCUGGCCCCCACUGUUAAUCACCAUGUAUUCCUCGAUUCCCAGCUUUGUAUCUGACUACCCUGAAGACAGGGCUGUGGGCUGGGACGCAGAGCUCCAGGCCUGGGUCGGGGAGAUCUUCCAGGAAGCGGCACCUGGGCAACUACUCAGACUAGCACUUCACAGAGGAGGCCCCUCGGCGGAGCAUCGCUGCCUUCCGGAGCCACCUGGCCCAGAUCUCUCCGGACAUUCGGACAUUGGGAAGCGGAACUGGGGCCUGGCGCUGCCCUGCGCGUACCUGUACCCCGCGGUCGGGGAGAACAGCAUUGCAGUGUGA